AUGUCUGAUGCUGACUUUGUCUCUGCUCCUGCCUCUCCUGCUUCAACAGCUUCUAGGGUGCCAAGCUCCUUCUUCACACAGGAGAAGGAGCUGCUCAGCAACCUCAAGGAAGCAAUCAACCCAUGGUGUUCAAUCAUCAAGGUGUGCAAGAAGGCAAACAAUUCUGUGUCAACACUUGAGAUGCCUGCAGCAGGUGAGAAGGUAAAGGGCAAGCAGAAGAAUGUCCUUGAGGUCACUGGAGCAAGCAGCAGUGAGAAGAAUGACACCUGCAUUGUGCUGACCACCCAAGAGGUCAUGGUCCUCAAGGCCCUAUAUGAAAUGGUGCAGUCAAAAGGGAAGGAGGGGGCUAUGCUGAGUAUAGUGAAGGUUCAGGAGCUUGUGAGUCUGGGGAGGAAUGAUGAGGAUGAUGACAUGGAGCCCAAAUGUGCCCAAGCAGCUGAGGAAGAUGAGGAGGAGGAGGAGGGGGAGCAGGCUGUUGACACACCAACAUCUAUGGCCCAGUGUGACCUAGCAGAAGCCACCAAGAGCUUGUUCCAGGCCAAGAUCAUGCACACAGGAGAAGUGGGAUACACCUGGGGUUACCAGAAGCAGGUCGAGGUGUAUGCCAAAGAAGACACUGAGGUCAAGGCUGGGCUGGCACUUGCUCACCAAGCAAAGCUCAACAAGGCAUGGGCCAUACAGGCCCGCAUCAGCCAGAGGUGGGGUUGUUCAGCACAGGCAAAGACCAAGGUUCUGGAGGCCACCAGUACAGCAUGGACAGCAAUCAAGGACUUUGUGGUGGAGUAUGGACCUUCGAUUCUCAAGGCUGUGGUGCUGAUGGUUCUAGGGGCACUCUGCCAAAUCCUCAAGCUGCCUUUGGUGGUGAAAUUUCUUGUGAUGAUCAAGGGCACUGGGGAAACAGUUGAGGAGGCUGAUGAGGUGGUGCACAGCAGGGCUGGGCAGAGCCCAGUGUAG